AUGAUUAGAUAUUUGAAGAACACUAGAAUUGAGUUGAAUUGUUGGAUGGAUAAGGAAGAUGAUAUGUGGAAACAAAGAUCAAGAUUUAGUUGGCUGCAAUCUGGGGAUAGGAAUACCAGAUUUUUCCAUGAGAAAGCUUCAACAAGAUACAAAAAGAAUUUCAUAGAGGGAUUAAUGGAUGAGAAUGGUAGGUGGUUGGAGGGAGAUGAGCAUGUGGAAGAGUUGAUGUUGCAGUACUAUGAGAGGCUUUUUACUAGUAGUGAUCCUAUGGAUUUUGAAGAAAUUCUAGAUGCAGUUCAACAUAAAGUCACCCUUAAGAUGAAUCAGGUACUUGAAAGGGAGUUUACAGAAGUUAAAGUGAAAAAUGCCGUUAAGCAAAUGUACCCUUUGAAGUCUCCUAGACCGGAUGGCAUGCCUCCACUGUUUUAUCAACACUUUUGGUCCAAGAUUGGUGGUGUGGUUACUUCAACCGUUUUGGCCUUCCUCAAUUCAGGUAUCAUUCCACCGAACUUUAAUCAUACACAUAUUGUCCUUAUUCCUAAAUGUAAAGAGCCAAAAACUGUGACUGAUUAUAGACCCAAUAGUCUUUGUAAUGUGGUUUAUAAAAUUGCAUCAAAAGCCAUUACUAAUAGAUUGAAAAAAGUUCUUCCUUCUAUUAUUAGUGAUACCCAAAGUGUAUUUGUGCAUGGUAGGUUAAUCACUGAUAAUGUUCUUGUAGCAUAUGAGAUGAUGCAUCAUAUUAGUCAAAAGAAGAGUGGAAGAAUGGGUGAUUUGGCUCUAAAGCUUGAUAUGAGUAAGGCAUAUAAUAGGGUAGAGUGGAUAUGGUUGGAAAAAAUUAUGCAAAAGUUGGGUUUUGAUGAUAAAUGGUGUGCUUUGAUUAUGAAUUGUGUCACUACUAUUUCUUAUUAUGUGAAGAUUAAUGGCAAGCCUAAAGGGCAUAUUGUUCCAAGUAGGGGAAUCAGGAAAGGUGAUCCACUAUCUCCCUACCUAUUCUCGUUAUGUGCGGAAGGACUUUCUACUCUUAUUAAGAAAGAGGUGGAGAAUGGAAGUGGUAAUACUCCUAUUGAUAUUCAAGAAGUCAUCAAAGAGAGGUUUGGGGCCCAAGUGAUAAAGCACCAUGAGAAAUAUCUUGGUUUGCCAUCAUUGGUGGGAAGGAAUAAGAAGAACACUUUCAAUUCUAUUAAGGAAAAAUUAAGAAAAAAGCUUGCUGGAUGGAAAGAGAAGUUAUUGUCUAAGGCGGGGAAAGAAGUGUUGAUAAAAGCUGUGGCACAAGCAAUUCUGACGUAUACUAUGAAUGUUUUCAAAUUGCCUGACUCUCUAUGUGAGGAUUUGAUGAGUAUGAUUCGUAAUUUUUGGUGGGGGCAAAGAAAUGAUGAGAGGAAGAUAGCUUGGAUGAGUUGGGAAAAAUUAUGUGCUUCAAAGAGUUGUGGUAGGAUGGGUUUUAAAAAGCUUAAGGAGUUCAACUUGGCUUUAUUGGCUGUUUUGGGUAAUAAUCCAUCAUUUACAUGGCGGAGUAUUAUGUGUGCUCAACCUCUUGUUAACUAUAGUUUACGAUGGUUGUUUAUGCCACAAGAUAUAAAGGUUGGAGAGUUGAUGAAUAAGGAAGAGGCUUCAUGGAAGGUUGAUGUCGUUAAUGCUCUGUUUUUGCUGCAUGAAGCAGAGGCUAUAAAAGCAAUUCCUAUAAGUUCUAAUUUGCUAGAAGACAAACAGAUUUGGGCUUGGAGCACUAAUGGAGCUUUUUCAGUAAAAAAUGCCUACUGGGUUGCUUCUCAAAUGUCAUUAGUUGAUUCCUCAAGUUCAAGUUCUGAUGGCAGCCAAGAAAAAAGCUUUUGGAAACGUCUAUGGCAGAUCAAUGUGCCUCAUAAAAUAAGGCACUUUGCUUGGAGGGCUUAUCGAGACAUCCUUCCGUUGAAAAAUAACCUUGUUAAAAGAAAUGUUUUGCAGCAUGAUCAGAGAUGGAUUCUGCCACCUGCACCGUGUUUCAAGUUCAAUGUUGAUGGUGUUGUGUUUGCAAAGCUGCACUCUGUGGGAGUUGGAGUCAUAGUACGGGACUGGAAUGGGCGAUUUGUAGCGGCAAUGUGCAAACAAAUUCAUGCACCAUUGGGGCCUCUUGAAGCGGAAUCAAAGGUUGUUGAAGUUGGUUUACAGUUCGCAAAGCAACUUUGA